AUUAAAUUCUAGUCACGUUCACUACAAGGGCAGGAAUUAGAGCUCUCUAAAGGACCCUGAGAAGAGCCCCAGUCCUCUCAGUUUCCCUCCACGCCUCCCACUCGGCUUCCUAUAUUGUCUUCUUGUCUGUUUCAUCGCGCUAAUCCGUUCAAACUUUAGGACAGCAUGACAGGAGGACUGAAGGACGGCGAAACAGAAGAGGAGUUUCUGCAUUCGCCGUUCAUCCGAAAACAAGGGAACAUAUACAAACCUAACAACAAAGACAUGGACAACGACAGUCUGAACGAGAAGACGAUGGAGGAUGUCCACACCAAAGAGAUCGACCUUGUCAACCGGGACCCAAAGCGCAUAAACGACGACGUUGUCAAGGUAGACUUUGAGGACGUCAUCGCCGAGCCUGCAGGGACCUACAGCUUCGACGGCGUGUGGAAAGCAAGCUUCACCACCUUCACUGUGACCAAGUACUGGUGCUACCGGCUGCUGACGGCGCUGGUCGGCAUCCCCCUGGCACUAAUCUGGGGAAUCUUCUUUGCCAUCUUGUCCUUCAUACACAUCUGGGCCGUGGUGCCGUGCGUCAAGAGCUACCUGAUCGAGAUCCACUGCGUCAGUCGCGUCUACUCCAUCUGCGUGCACACCUUCUGCGACCCGCUGUUCGAGGCCAUGGGCAAGUGCUUCAGCAGCAUCCGAAUCCGCACAACCAAGGAGGUGUAGCAUCUGCAAAGAGGAGGAGGAGGAUUAACGGAAAGAGGGGAGGGAGGAUGGGAGGGCUAGAGCCACACAGAUGGAGGAAAAAGUCAGAACAGAAAAGAAGAAGAAGAGAAACCUCUGGAAAAUGAGAGGUGAGACUUUUCCAGAGCUGGGUGGAGGUUGUUUGGAAGUGAAAGGGCGUGGUCACAUGGCACCUGACUCUGCCUUUUUCCACCAGUUGUUUUUUUCUCCAGUGUUGGUGUAACCAAACGGGUGGGCACAGGAAAUCAAAGGGUCAUUCUCCGGGGUUUUCGUUGUUUUGUUUGUGUUCUCUAGUUUUUUUUUUUAUUCCUCACUGUUAACUUUUCAAGCAAGCAAUCAAGCUCCAUAUCUGUUUUCUGUUAGUUUUGCCACAUGAUGUAAAUUCCUUCCAUUCUUACCAUUUCUGUGGAGAGCUUAUCACUUUGAUUGAUUCAUGUGAAGAGGGGAUGUCAGGGUGUAUCGCUGUCUUCUCUCGCGCUUACUUGUGUUUGUUUUUUGGAGCCGUUGGGCAGGGCAGGAUGGUGGGAUGUCGGCGGUUGGGAAGGUCAAAGCAGAGAGAAAGAGUGAGCGCUGCCAAAUUCUGUCUGACUCAGCAAAAACAAAACAACCCGACAAGCCAAACAGCACAGAAACCCCCCCCCUCUCUCUGCCCCCCAUGACCUCCAGCCCACCAAAAUCCAACCAUCCACGCCUCAACCCCACCCUUCGCCCAGCUUUCCAGCAGUCUGACACACUGAACCUGCCCUCAUUCCUGCAUGCACCUGCAUCGCCUUGCCAGCAACUCGCCGUCCGCCACCGCCACGCUCCCGCCACGCAGCCUUUUGAUGCAGAAGUGAUCUGCCUCUCAGCUCACUCGCUCUGUGCAUCAGCUUAUUACUUUACACCUUUAUCACCAUUAUCCUCAUAGUGACACGAGUGUGUGAAAGAGAAUUUCACACACUAUUGAACUAUUGUUUUGUUUUUUACUCCAAUGUGGGUUUUCUGAUCAAUUCAGGCUUUUCAUUUUUUCAGUGAAGCUCACUUCUUUUAAAUGCACAUCACCAUAGCUCCAAAGUGAAUGCUUUUUUUUCUACACUAUGAAUAUGAAGAACUUUGAGGGGUUAACUUCAAUACUGUUGUUUUAAUAUCCUGUAUGCACUGUAUGGGUGUCUAUGCAGAAAAGACUUUACAGGCCAUGGCCUCAAUCCAGUGCACUAAUCUAUGGGUAAGUAUUGUUAGUGAAUAGCACAUGAAGAUCUCCCUUCUAUAUUUGCAAAGGUAUAUACUAGUAGUCACUUUUGCACACUCUGCACUUCGGAUGUGCAGUUACAAGCUUGUGUGGAGACUUUUCUUACGCACUGUGGUACUUACACAGGUUAAUGCAUUGGAAUUGGACAAUGUGAGGUGGAAUGUGUGAUUUUAAGAUUUUUUAUUUGUCAUCUGGCCAUAAUUUUGCACCCUCCCCUUUUUUUGUCUUUUUUAAUUUACCCUCAUUAGUUUGUUCUGCUGCCCUGCUUCUUGACUGUGGACUGAUGCCUCCCACUCCAGAGAUGGGUGAACGGAGAGAUGGUUGGGUGGGGUUUCUGGGAUGGGGUGGGGGGGUUGUGUUUUACUGAGACAUUAAGCUCCCUCUGACUCCAUCAUCUUCAGUCUACCUGCUGUCUUCUCACAGGGAUGGUAAACUCAUAGCACCUGUUCUUUGAAUUGAGUGUUUUUAAGCUCUAAAGGUGAUAUUUUUAUAAGAAAAUAUUUGUUUUCCCUUCCUUGCUUUUACUGUACAAUAUCACGCUGUGCACAUUAAAAUUAAUAUAAUCCAGUGUGAA